GAAAUUAUGAAAAAGUUAAAUUGCGAAUAGGUAUUGUGGAUUAGAUUACCAGAGUUUACCAAAGUCCACAUGUCUACAGUUUCGCAAAUUUCGCAAGUGUUACAGAUUAUUGCUUUUAAUUAGCUAACUAUGUUGGCAGUCUUGUGGAAAUUGUUGUCACGUGACUCUUGGCAUUCAGAGAUUGUGUCUGUAUAUCAGUAACUGAUAGAUUGCAUAGUACAGUAGCGUACAAAGCCAGAUGCAAAGUCUACAUGUGCUUGACCUCCCCUUCCCCUAAUGUUCUUCCUUUCCGCGACAUGCGCUUUUCUAGCUUCUAGUAGGAAGUAGACUUCAUUAGGAACUAAGAAGCCUCUCUGCUCAGUGGUUUUCAAUGUUCUUCCGGACCCACUAGCUGGCUAAGGGUGUGGAGAACUUUCUGGAAUACGCAGGUUAAUGAGAGACCCCAUCAUGAGCUACAACCACAGCACCACUUUUCUCAGUCAACUGUGGAGGAACUAUCCAGCACAUCUCCUUGAAGAUGCUGCUUACUUUCGAUCCUACAGUUAUGGAAGAUCUGGAGACUUAAAUGGUCUUCUGUGUCCACCUCGGUCCACUUACUUACAGUCCUUCCCACACCACCAUCACACCCACUUUCACCUUUAUCGACGACACCGUAUGGCCGCGAGGUCCACAGCCAUGGACUCCAACAUAACCCUCUGGCAGUUCCUCCUUGAGCUGCUCCUGAACAACCAGCACCAGAACAUAAUCCACUGGACUAGCCAGGAAGGAGAGUUCAAGCUGGUGAACGCCGAGGAAGUGGCCAGGCUGUGGGGGCUGCGUAAGAACAAGCAGAACAUGAACUACGACAAGCUGAGCCGAGCUCUGCGCUACUACUACGACAAGAACAUCAUCAAGAAGUCGCUGGGACAAAAGUUCGUCUACAAGUUUGUCUCUUUCCCAGAGAUCGUCAAGACUGAGACGAAGGUGCCUUUCAAGGUCAAGAUGGAGUCCCUCGCUCACGAGUAUGGCCAGAGGGUGUUGCCACACUUUGCCUCAUACAAUCCACAGGAAAUCAAAGCCAGCCAAGACGCUGCUUUGAAGUAUUCCCUACAGAAGCAACAGUCCAGCCAGCAGACACAUCAUGGGCCUAAGUCCAGGCACAGCGCGGAGAGCGAGGAGAAGUCUUUCAUGAAACACGAGAAGUCCUUCGCGAAGCAUGACCCGCCAUUUCUGAAGCACGACGUCCCUUUGACAAAGCACGAAGCAUCUGAUGAUGAAAACCGGGCCCGCCAACGCUCAGCUGACCAGGAAAAGAGGUCUCCAGAGAGGCUGAGCCCGAGAGAGUUAAGGGAGAGGGAGCGAGAGAGGGAUGAGAGGGAGAGGGACAGAGAAAUGAGGGAGAACAUGGACCCCCACAGGCUCUCUACUCACGCCCCUGGCCUCUCUCACCAGCUCAUAGCUCCACCCCCUUCCCAUCAUCAUCAUCAUCAUCACUUGCACGUGCCGCUACACCAUCACCACGCCCACCAUUCUUUUGGCCACAGGUCAGAAGACGAUGACAUCAGCAGAAUCCCUCGCCCAUGGCAGCCUUUGUACCUUGAGCCAUCGCACCCUUACCGCGACCGGGAGCCUCUUGCGGCUCCGCCACCUCCACGCACUUCGAGCAGCGGAAGCAGCUGCCACAACAUCCACAGUGCCAUGUACAGCUCCGGUUCUAAACCGGAAAUCCGGGUUUGCAGCCCUAGAGGAAGGAGCGCCAGUCCUAUUAUCAGCCACGGCAGGAGGGACUUUUCCCCACACCGCAGCAAUCCGUCGCCGCCUAUGACACCCAUGAACUUGGUGAAGACCACGCCCUCUUCAUCGUCAUCCAUGACUCCGCCUUCGACCAUGAUAGCCACUUCCUCGAGGUCUUCAUCGCCCCUGUCACUUGUGCCAUUAAACUACAGCAGUAACCACCUGACAACCUCUUCGCCCACGAGGGCAUCCAGCACGGCGCCAACCAAACCGAAACCCAGCCCCAUCAGCCUAGGGGUGCCUCCUUCUCUCAGCUCGGGGCCCUUGACCAACUCCCCCCUGACUCCUGCGUCCACACAAAUGUCCAUUCUGUCCCCCACUGCCAAGCAUCCUAUGUCGGCCUACCACGCCAUCCCCACCCCAUUGUUCCUGUCCAGCCCCAUGCACCCUGUCCACUUCUGGACAUCGCUGAGUCCGGUCACAACGCUAAGCCCACGGAUGAACUCGUCUGGCUCCGCCUUUCAGUUUCCUGGCUUCUUAAGUGGCGGCCUGACUUUCUCCCCGCUGAUGGGAAGCUUUACAGCGUCGUCCACGUCAGGAGUAGACAAUUUGGGCACACCUGGACUUGUAUCCACACCCACUCGGACUAUUCCGGUCUUGUGACAAUGAAUGCUAUGCUUACCGUGGUCUUCGAGACUAAACCUGAACUCCAGAAAACCAAACUUUAUGCACUUUAAAUCUAUCCGAAAUCUCCUCUCAAGAGUAGCUGCAGGAGCUCAUCAAACAAUUACACAAAAAACAAAACAAAAAAAAAACUCAACCAAAAGUACUUCCGGACUCUCCAGUGGAUGCUCAUUGGUUCUCACUUCACUGUACUGCACACAUGUACCCCCAACUUGACCAGAGCCGUAGCUGCCUCUGUGCUGAAGGUUCAGAUAAUUCCCUGAUGUUGUAUUAUUUUCUGUUUCUUUUUCCUAAACAUCUUAGUGUGUUAACACUACACAUUAUUCAACGAUGCACACCAAAUCAUUACGUGUGCUAGUAAUCUGCUUGGAUUUGUACUCAAAGGAGCUAAUAUAUUAUUAAGUAUCAACACAUAUGUAGAGGUAUACUGCUAUAUUUUUGUUACCCCCAGCCUUUCUCUAUUUCUCCCUGUCUUUCUCCCUCACUAUUUCUGUGCCUUUAGCAUACAUUGUGUAAAGCAUCGCGGUUUAAAUGCCAUUCGGUUUCUUCGAUUAACCUACUAAGUUAAAUCUAAUAUUGGGGAAUACCCGGUAACCUCUUUCUCGCUGCACUAGUAGCCGUUUCAUUAAUUGUAUUCCUACACCCGUAUGUGCUGAAAAGCUUUGUCACUUGUACCACUGACAACUUGGGAACUACUUCUUUCCAAUGCUAGAAGACACAGGCGUAAUCCGUCAGCUCACUGAUAUGAUGGAUAGUGUAAAAAAAAAAGGCUGAAAAUAUAACAAGUUAGUCGUGGAUCUAUAUUGUCUCUUUGGUUCAUGAUGCUUGCGGGUAUGAGAAUUAUAUUAAUAUAGCCAUGGACAUGAAAGAAUUAACACCGAGUAUGACAUUUUAGACUUGAUAUCUCGAGCGAACGGAAGUACGUCGUCGUCUGACGAUGAAACCGCGCUACCCACUAGGUGUCGCAUCUUUCGACUCAAGACAUCCCGAUGUCUGUAGCUUGAACCUCUGUGCACUGGCCUACAUGUGCACACCUAGAUUGAUCUCUUUAUGGGAAAGUGCACUGACUGUGCUGAAUGCUCGUUGUAAUAGGCAUUUAAAAAAAAAAAAUAUUU